CUAUUUUUAUCGGCAGUGUCAUAAUAUGGUUGUGCUACGUAGUACUAAUUUCAAAAAUGGAUUGUAUUGGCGAUAGCGUACAAGGGGUUUCUUCCAUGUAAAACGCCGGGAUGGUCGCUCUGUCUUCUCUCUGCUAUUAUGAAAGUGUAAAUUUCCACCCCCUCCAAAAUACUCCAAAAUACAGUUGGUUUACAAGUGCAUGGACGUUUUAGGUUAGCUCAUGAUCCAACACUUGUUUGUGAAAUUUCGUAUAUAAUUGUUACGCGGUACGAGGAAAUGCAUCGUCAUAAUUUCAAAUGACAUGCAAAUGAUAUGUGCGCGUGCAUACUUCUACUUGGAUUUGUCGUGCAAGGACCGAGGUUGACCAGGCGCGCGUACUGCGUUCCAAGUUCUCCAUCGCAUCUAGCCUUCACAUUGUUAUUUUUCGUAUUAUGAAGAGACGUCAAAGAAGGCCAGUCUUAACGCUCAACAAGCCGCAAGGCAGUCAUCACGGUGAACGCGCGCAAAGUAGGUGCAAGUCAAUAAAUAAUGUACAAUCCACACAGAGCGAGGCCAAUAACCCAUUGGCCAAUAUGUUGUGCCAAUAUAAUUCUGACAGUGACACAGAGGAUUCUAAGAAGGAUACGCAAAAGUUGGACGAUCAAGUCAAUGAUUUCCUUAAGGAAAUUCAACUCAUUGCCCCUGAGCAACCUGUACCGAACGUUGCUCCUGAUUCUAGUUUAACGGCUAAAGCAGUUCCAAGAUCUGUACAUCAUACUAACCAACAAACAAUGUGGCAAGAAUGCUAUGACGAAUCUACCGGUUAUCCUUAUUAUUGGCAUAUUGAAACUAAUGAAGUAACAUGGGACAUGCCAGAGGAAUUACGCUUAUUACAAAAACAGUCGGAAACAGGAACCGGAACAAAAUAUCCCACCCAGGGACCACAUUGGGUAGACUUUUCGUCCAUCGCAUAUCGCCAGUCUCAGGCAAAUAUACCGGAAGGUAUGAUACCACAGGAAGUGGUAGCAAGAAAUCGCAACAGAUUUUUGCAUAAUGAAACUCCUAAGAAACAUAAUUCAGAAAGCAAACAAGAAAUUAAGAACGAGUCUCCGGCGAAAGAUGACGAUUCAGACGAUGGACGAAUAGAGAUGAUAACAUCUUUCGGUAGCGAUGGAAGUGAUUCGGAGGACGAAAAUAAUUCCUCGGAUGAGAAUAAAAUACCGGUACCUGUAUCUGAAUCAGGAAAAUCCAAUCCUACGCCGUAUGCGAAAAGCAGCGAGAUUGGACCUGCCUUUUGUCCAACGGGAAUACAAUCACCUACCAAAAACUUGUUUCAUUCAUAUAAAUCUGAGUCGACUAACAUAUCAAAUUCUACAAAUCAUCCCGAGCAACUUGAUGAGUGUAAAAUAACCGAAUCCGACAGCAAGAAUAGCGUAGUUCAAAGUGAAAAAGAGUUCCUAAUGGGAAAUAAAAAUAGGAAAGAUAUUAAUGCACUUAAUACGAUUUCGAAGUUAGAUCUUAAUGUGUCCUUAGUACCUGGUUAUGGCGAUGAUUCGGAUGGAGAAGAGGAAGUUAGACCUAAACAAGAGAUAAAGCCUUUGUUCCCGAUUGCGCAGAGUGAAGAAUUCAUAAGUGUAACGAACUCGUUAAAAAAUGCUCACGACUCUUCCGCGAAAAAUACUGGCACUGUACAGGCUUCCGAUCAGUGCAACGACAGCAACGAGGAUACACAAGAAAUGAAGAACGAUCAAGAAAAAACGGAAAAGGAAUCGAAAACAGACGAAGAUAAAUCCAAAACAAAUAUAUUUCUGGAGGAUAUGCAAGUGUGCGGCAAGGCCUUUCAAAGAAAAAAGCGGAUAGCAUUUGAUGUAACAUCCACUAAAGUUAAACAAAAUAAUAAUACAAAUCUCGAAAAUACAACUCGAGAUGAUAAUAGCAGCGAUCUUGUGAGCAGUGAAACUUCGCGUAAAGAUGUUGAAGAUGACGACGCGGAAGUGAAUAAUCAAUUGGGUGCAGAAAGCCAGAACGAAUGCGAUGAAUCGCAUAAGGAGAUAGAACAGUGCGUUAAUAUUAAGACUGAAGAAAAGCUUAGUACAAAGAACGAAUCGUGCGACUCAGAAAUAUCUGCGGAACACAAAAUAGAAUCGAGUGUUGUCGAGGAAAAGGCCAAUGAGGAGAUGAAUGACUUGUCACAGAUUAUAACGGAGAAAUUGAAAUUUCUUUCCGAAGGGAGGGAAAGUGUCUCAGCUGUUCAAACUAUGCAAAUUCAACUACAAACAUUGUCUACAGCAUGGACAGCAGGUAGCUUAGAGGACAGUUACUUUCAAAAGUGGCUAACUAAUACAAAUCAUGAAUUGGAAAGAUUAGAGCAAGAUGCGGCACCAGCUGGUUGGCUAUGUCAAUGGGAUAGGUCACAUAAGCGGUAUUACUAUCACAAUACAUCCACUGGGACAUUACAGUGGACUUAUCCUGACACCGGUAUUGCCGGUGGCACUGAGGAAAUGGAAUUGUGCACUACUCCGCCACCAGAAUCCGAAGAGUUAUUAAUCACAGAAUCAUCCAAAAAAACGAAGGAGAAGCAAGCGGAGGAGAUGGAUGAUAAUAAGGCGGAAGACGAAAAUCUCUCAGCGGAUAAGCGUUCUGCGAGUUUGGAAGCACCACCUCCGCCGCAGAUAUCUAAUCCCAGUCCACCACCGCCCCCGAGAAUAUUCGCAGAAGAUCUCAAGAAGGACAAGAAGAAAAGGGAGAAAUCGGACGAGAAAUUUUUAGACGCAAAGAGAAAGCGUUUGGGAAAAGGUAAUGAAUUAUUAGACAGAAUAAUGACACUCGACACGCAAAUAGUGAAUCCUGCCUUAGAAUCUUUGUCCUAUGCGCAUCCACAGGUGGCUGUGUCAUCUCAAACUUCGAUUCCUCCGAAUCACGCAAAUAUGGAACCUCUACCUCCUGGUGUAGAUUUGCCGGAUACGUCUUACGAAGCUGCCACUCUCAAAGGAAUAAUUUAUAACGCGGCGACGCAGCCAAGUAGUGCGAUUUACGCGUCUUCGAUUGCUGAUCCAACGAUACCUAUCCUAAGUCAUCAAGCAGGCCUUCUCCAGGAACCGUUUGUCCAUUAUCCAACUUUUCAUCAACAUUUGCAUAAUCAGACAAUCGCAGUUGCGAACAAACACAGUGGACAAAGUGCUAUUCAAUUCAUGGUGGGAUACGCGCCAAUUUAUACGAACAACAAAAUCAUCGCCAAGCCACCGGUCAAAGCUUCGAAGGAAUCUUUAGGAUCCGCCCUUGAUUCCUUUUACAACGACAUUGCACGUAUCGAGAAGACGGAAACGGAACGAUCAGGGCAGCAUCAGGAUGUCGCUGCCACAGUAACGGAACAAGUAUCUACUCCAACCGAAGAAGCGAAGCCAGAAAUAGAACCAGAAAUUGCACCCAAUGAUGCAUCGAAAGAACGGAAGAAGAAGAAGGCGAGGAUUAGCAACAGCAAGAAGCAUAAGGAAAUGUCAAGCAUGGUAGCGAAGUGGCAAAGGGUACAAAAGAAUCUAGAAGAUACUGUAUAAAUAAUAUAGAAAGCGAUUUAAAUAAAAUAAUCAGUUGCUGUAUGAGAAAUGAUGUUACAUAGACUGUGUUAUUAUAGUAUUAGGUGAGUGCAAAAGUCUUGACACUUUUUGAAGAGAUUUUGUUAUAGUAUGUCAACACUAACAAAGAUUAUCACAAAUCGUAUAUUGCAAAUUAUAUUAUAUAUUAAGAAAUUGACUUCAAGAGCUGUCUAUAAAAAAAAAGUUGAUGCCAUUCGAUUUAUUUGCAAUGUUAUUUUGCAUAAGCAAAGAUAAAUCUAAAAAUAUUUGCAUACGAUUAGAAUGUACGAGUUUCGCAAAGGAACAAAAAUGUUAUAAAAGAUGUAAAAAACAUUGGAAAUUUUCUAUAUUCAUUACAAAUGUUUUUACAUCAUCUAUUAUUUACAUCAUAUAUUAUGAUCACCCAUACAUACACACAAAUUUUUCCUUUCUUUUUUAGACUUAUUUUUGCUGACAUAAGAUAACACUGUAAAUACCUCAAAUACAACUAACUUUUUUUGAUAAAUAGCACUUGUCAUCACUUUCAAUAUAUAAUUUUUAAUAUCUGUCAUUGUUGACAUAAGAGCAAUGCCAAAAAAGGGAGGGGGUCAAAGCUUUUGCAUUGACCCAAUAUUUUUAGAUUUCAUUGUACAUAUACGUUGUUAAAUAUUUCUUCUUAAACCGUGGACUUUAAGUUUUUAUCUGAUACGUAUAUGUAUAUUCUUUAUAUUAUUAAACUUAGUACUUAUCUCUCGUGCGAUUGUCCGUAUAUUUUACAAUUUAUUAUGAAUUUUGUGAUAAUUUUUAUUUGUAGUAGCAAGCUAUUAUGUAUUAUUAUUAUUAUUGUUAUUACAGUUUGACACAUUUAUGUAAAAUCCAAAAUAUGAUUGCAACUCUAUGCCUUUCUUUCAAUAUUGAAAGAUACUGCUUCAUUGAAUCAACGCAAAUUAUUUUUGCACAUGUGCUAAACGCAAUACUCGAUACCUAAUAUCUUUAGAUAUUGAUAAUAUAUUACGAAGAAUGAAAUCGUACUUUAUAGGCUUUAUUGUCAACAAGAGAAAAUAAAGCAAAAAUAAAGAGUAUGAUAUUUCAUA